CAGUGACGUGAAUGACAUUGUUUUUGUGAAAGGUCAUAUUGGUAAAAUCGACUGAUAAAAGUAUUUUUUAUGAUAAAAAUAUAAAUUAAAUAAGCGCAUUUCAAUAUCGGUUUUUUAAAAGUUAAAUCACUCCGUGGUGGUGUGUAAGCUAACGUGGUUGUUUAUAUAAUUAAAAAAAUAAUAAUGAGUUCACGUUUUGCGGUUGUCGAGCAGGGGCCACCGAUCGAGGUGUUUUUGCUGAAUAAAUUAUUUGCCGACGACACAAAUAAAAAUAAAGUGAAUCUAGGAGUUGGUGCGUACAGAGAUGAAAAUGGAAAACCCUGGGUGUUGCCAGUUGUGCGAAAAAUGGAAAAACAGAUGGCAGCCGAUGAAACAUUGCUCCAUGAAUACUUGCCUGUGCUUGGUCUUGACCAAUUCAGCAACCUAUCAGUUUCCAUGCUGCUAGGUGAAGACAGUCCAGCGUUGGCUGAAGGAAGAGCUUUUGGUGUCCAAACAUUGUCAGGAACGGGAAGUUUAAGAGUUGGUGCGGAAUUUUUGAACAAGCACCUUAAAUACACAACAUUCUACUAUUCAAAUCCAACAUGGGAAAACCAUCAUCUGGUAUUCGUGAACUCUGGCUUCACUUCACCUCGCUCAUACCGCUACUGGAAUCCCAAGACAUUGGCGAUCGACUUCGACGGAAUGAUCGAAGAUCUGCAGAGUGCACCAGAAAAUUCCGUGAUCAUAUUGCACGCGUGCGCGCACAACCCCACCGGCAUUGAUCCCACGCAGGAACAGUGGAUCAAGAUAGCUGAUGUUAUGCAGGAACGCAAGCUGUUCCCGUUCUUCGACAGCGCGUAUCAGGGCUUCGCGUCGGGCGACUUGGAGCGCGACGCGUGGGCGGUGCGCUACUUUGUCAAGCGCGGCUUCGAGCUCGUCUGCUCGCAGUCGUAUGCGAAGAACUUUGGGCUCUAUAAUGAACGUGUCGGAAAUCUCGCAUUCGUUGUAUCGGACGCGAAAUUAAUUCCCGCUAUGAAGUCACAACUUACAUGGGUGGUGCGCGGCUCGUACUCUAACCCGCCGGCGCACGGCGCGCGCGUCGUCGCCAACGUGCUCGCUGACACCAAACUGUUCGACGAGUGGAGAGACCACAUUAAAAUGAUGUCUGCUAGAGUGAUGCAGAUGAGAGAAGCACUCCGAGCUGAGCUUAUCAAACUGGGCACACCAGGAAACUGGGACCACAUAGUGAAACAAAUCGGUCUUUUCUCAUACACGGGGCUCACAGCGAAGCAGUGCGAGUAUCUCAUACAAGAACACCACAUUUACUUACUGAAGUCCGGACGUAUCAACAUCUGUGGGCUUAAUCCCAGCAACGUACUAUACGUCGCAAAGGCCAUGAACGACGCCAUCGCAAAGUUCCCGGCUGAAGAGUAAUGCUUUUAUAUAAUUUUUUAUAUUGUGUGCGUGAUUGUACAAUUUGGUGGCGUCUCUGCAUUAUACAUGGUAUAUUGGGCAGCUCAGUUGAUUUAUAAUUUUAUUUUCCCGUAUUUAUAAAAUCCUCAAAUAAAAACAACGAAUAUAGUAUUUAAAAAUAGAACUAUACUUGUAGGAUCGGCUUGUGUAAUCUGUGGUUAGCAAUUGUGGCGGGAAAUUUGACAGACAGCAUUUAUUUAGGCGGCUACAAUUUUACACGCUCGAUAUUGUACGAUCUCUCACACAAUCAGCUUAUAAGUGAGAUUAUUAAUUGAAAAAAAGGCAAUGAAUAUCGGAAAUAGAACAAUUUUUAUAAGUAUAUACACAUAACAAUAUAGAUGCUAUUAUUUAUAUACACGUUUUUAACUACAAGAGAAUAGUUUGAAAAUAGAACUAAACCCACUUGCCUUAACGCUUACAAAUAGUAUAGACUCUAAUCUAGCAUUUUAACAUUGAAAUAAGCUAUAUAGUUAUCCAUUUGGAUAUUUUUUUGGUAUGAGAUUAUUGCACUGCCGCAAAGGACGGAAUCGUGUUCAUUUUAAAGCGAGGGACCUUUUUGGUCACUUUUUUAUGAGAGCUGGAAAUUUUCUUGUUAUUUGUUAAUUAUUUAAUCAAGUGUAUACGCGCUUUUAGUUAAUGCAUGAUUUAAAUAUACAUGAAUUGUAUCUAAAGUUCCUUAUUAGUUUGUUUGUGUUAACUCUCAUACUUUGUUGAAUGUAAUCAAUUUUUAUAUUUAGGUGUA